CGAGGGCGGGGCUUAGCGUCACUGAGGCGCGACCGCUCCGGCCCCGCGGGCCGGUCGGAGCCGCGGGCUGGGGCGGAGCCUUCGCCUCCGGAAGCGUGAUGCCUUGAACCUGGAAACUAUGUGAAGCACCACUUUCUGAAUUUGAAAAGCCACCAUUUCAUCAUGGGACAGCAAAUUUCGGAUCAGACACAGUUGGUUCUUAACAAAUUACCUGAAAAAGUAGCAAAACAUGUUAUAUUGGUUCGAGAGAGUGGCUCCUUGACUUAUGAAGAAUUUCUUGGGAGAGUAGCUGAACUUAAUGAUGUAACUGCUAAGAUAGCUUCUGGCCAGGAGAAACACCUUAUCUUUGAGGUACAACCUGGCUCUGAUUCCUCUGCCUUUUGGAAAGUGGCUGUACGGGUGGUUUGCACCAAGAUUAAUAAAAGCAGUGGCAUCGUGGAAGCAUCACGCAUCAUGAACUUGUACCAGUUUAUUCAGCUUCAUAAGGAUAUAACAAGUCAAGCUGCAGGAGUUUUGGCACAGAGUUCUACUUCUGAAAACUUUGAUGAAAACUCAUCAUCUGUAACAUCUUGUCAGGCUAGUCUUUGGAUGGGAAGGGUGAAGCAGCUGACGGAGGAAGAGGAAUGCUGCAUUUGCAUGGAUGGCCGAGCCGACCUCAUCCUGCCUUGUGCUCACAGCUUUUGUCAGAAGUGUAUUGAUAAAUGGAGUGAUCGGCACAGGAAUUGCCCUAUUUGUCGUCUGCAGAUGAGUGGAGCCAAUGAAUCCUGGGUGGUGUCAGAUGCGCCCACAGAGGAUGAUAUGGCUAACUAUAUUCUGAACAUGGCUGAUGAGGCAGGCCAGCCCCAUCGGCCCUGACCGCUGGGCAAAGACACUUUGGUCAUAGAAAAUACGGGGCUUUGUAGAGACACAGACACAGAAUUUAUUUUUUGCACUUCUGGCAAGUAUUUCUUUUGAUAAACUUUCCAUGUCUUCCAUUUGUGGUAAACUAAAAUUUACUACUGUUUUAGUCACUAUUUUCCUAUUAGUUAUCUAUUCUAAUAGAACUAAUUGCUCUUAAAUUCUUUGCUGAAGUAAAAGUUACAUUUCCAGAGGCUUCUGAAACACCUUUUCAGGCCAGGAGCAUUUUAGAUCUUUUAGAUAGGUUCCGAGUAAACCAUGAAUGUGAAAAAGUUGUAGCCAUCUAAGAAAAAAAUGGAAUGACAGUUAAUGUAGACUUAAUUAAAGUGCAUGUACUACUAGUCUAUCUGCUGGAAUCUAAGGAGUAUCUAUGCCCCCUUGUGGUUAAUUAUUGCUCCUUUACUGAUUUUUACUUGAAAUGAUACACAGUUAUUUCCUAAUUUUGGUAGUGUUUUGAAACUGUACUUUUUACUUAAGCCUCUACCCUCCCUCCCCAGUGCUGCAUAAUUCGGGAGGGCUAUAAAACCGGGCAUGACUUUGGUAUGUAAAUGGAUUCUGGUGGGGAACUGUCUUGGCUAUUCUGGAAGAGCUUUCUCACACCUAGGAAGCUAUUCUAUAAAGCUGCUAUCAACCCCUGCCCCCGUCUCUCAUAUAUACAGUGUUCAGAGAGGCCAGUUACUGGUUCAGUAAUGCUCAGACCCAGCAGGUGAGGGGGCGGCAACUAGGGCCAGCCUGGUGGUGCUCAGGGGCCUGAGCAGGAAAUUGAACUUGGGGUCUCUGCCUGCCAGACAUAUGCUUCAGCCUUUUGAGAUGUCUCCAGGGCCUCUAAAAUCACUUUCUAGUGAUGCUGUUUUGAUGUUUCAGAUGGAACAUUUUCCUCAUCACAGAUCCUAAAUUGUGUAUUCCAAGUUUUGUAGGUACUUUUAUUUUCUUAGACUGAAGGACUCUUUAUGAAGUCUCAAAUCUUCAAAUUUAUUAGACCAAGAGAAAAUAAAGAUCCAGAGAUAGCUCAGAGGGCUAGAGCUGCCUGUUUUGCACGCUAGAGGCCUGAGUUUGAUCCCCAGAACUGUAUGGUUCUCUAAGCACAGCUAGGAGCAAUCCCUGAACAUCCGCAUCUGGAGUGACCUAUGAGUGUCACUGAGUGUGGUCCAAAUCCUACCCUGCCCCCACCCGCCAUCUCAAAAAAAGAUAGAAAGACAAAACAAAACAAGGGUGUAGCCUUCUAACUAUGUGUAGGUAAAACAUCUCCAAAAACUAGGAGAUAAUUUUACUUCCUUAUUAUUUCAUUGUACUUCAGUUUCUUUGUAAAUGUUGCUUUUAAAAUGUAAAUUAUUGUCUUUUGUUAAACAUUUCAGGGUUGGACAUAAAGAUGUAAUUCAAGUGGUAGAUACAUGCCUAGUUGUAAUUUCCAUCCCCAGCACUGCAUGGCGCCACAGCAUACUACCCCAGCAACACAGUUGUGUCACCUAUAAAAUAAUUAACAUUCAAAAUAUUGUAAAACUAGGGGCCAGAACUAUAGGACAGCGGGUAGGGCAUUUGCCUUGCACACAGCCAACUUGGGUUCUACCCCCAGUACCCAGUAUAGUGCCCUAUGCCUUCCAGGAGUGAUCCUGAGUACAGAACCAGAGGUAAGCCCUGAGCACAGCAGGUAUGCCCCUCCCUCACCCCCUCCACCCCCCAAAAUCAAUAUAUUGUAAAACUAGAGUCUGAAAUGCCUUUUAAAAGGUAUGUUACAUUCCACCUAGCUUUUCUGACUAGUUGCUAAUAUUGCUGCUUGGUGGUAGGAGAGUUUUUUUGGUACUAAGAUUUUAACAGGCAUCCAAGUAAAAUUAUGCUUUCCUAGAACAAAUGCCCGACCAAAAGUAGCCUGAUUUUAUGCCUUUCCACCCACCACACACACAUACAACUAAUUGGCUGACAUUUAUGAUGCUCAACACCAAAUGCAUAAGCAUCGUGAGUACUCUUGGACUCUUUAUCAGCCUAGCAGUGGUUGUGUUACCUUGAGAAAAUCCCUUCCUUUGAUUGUAGGUCCCAUUAGAAACAGACUUUGUAAUCUUUGGUUUUCACACUUUAUUUCAGUUUUAGAACUUUUUUCUGUCUAAAAUCUUAGGAUUCUUACAUAUACACACACACACUCCCUACACUAUAUGAAAGUCAUAUUUUAAUUUCUUUACAUAAACUGUACUACUGUAUGUAUUAUAAAUCGACCAAUUUUCAAGUUUUAACAUAUUAGAAAUACCCAACAUUUUAGAAUUUCGUGAUCAGCACAGAUGUAUAAUAGGUGUUGUUUUAAAAUUAAUUUUACACUCUCCUCUCCCCAAUUUUUUUUUAUUUCAAGUCAGAUUUGCAGAACCUGACUCUCCUCCCUAGAUUCUCUGUGUUCCAUAUGAUGUAUUUUGAAAUCUUAGAAUAGUGGCCCUUCUCAGAUUUUUUUUCUAUAUCCAAGACUAUAAAUUGCCCUUUGAUUUUACAAUUGCCGAGUCUAAUUCAUAUUUCUGAUUUAAAAAUUUCUGAAAAUGAAAAGUUGCUUUACAGAUUUUUGGAUCUUUCCAGUUAAAGCCAGUGAUUUUUUCCCCUCCCACCCCCACUGAAUCUGUCACCUUUCAAGGAAUCAUUUAACAGUGCGCCUAGGGUCUUGCUAUUUCCCAAACCUUUUUACUUUCCAGUAUGAACUUCAAGAUACUAACUGAUCUACUGUGAAAUAUAAAUUUUUUAUUAGCCUUAUUAAGUAAACGAGCACAGAUUUUUGCUUACUCCCUAAACCAGGUGAUAAUUCUUUAGAUGUAAAUGUGAGGUAGGUUCUGAUGUACUAAUUGUACUAGUUGCAAAUUUGUUUAAUGUAUACUUUUUGUAUUCUGUACAGCGUUGACUUUUUAAAAUAUGAAGUACUUAAAUGCACUUAUUAUGAUAGAAAAUAUAAUGUGUGCCUUCUAGGAUUUGUGAAAUAGUUUCAUGAGCUCUAAGGAAUUUGUUUCAUAAGUUAUGAAGUCUUCCCUAUUCUAACUUAAUAACAACGGGUUUACUUGUAUUAUGCUGUAGAAUUUUAGUCUGAGAAAGUGGAUUUGACUAUGUACUGUAUUUAAAAUUUGAGAAUAAUAGAAUCUGUUUAAAUAGGACAGACUGAUUAAUGUGCAAUAAAUAAUCUUUGCAAGUAAAUUUUAA